AUGGACGCUGAGACGUCAAAAACUCUACAUUCUCUGAACCCAGAGAACGAUUCAUUUGUGCUGUUGCUGAACAAGUUCCCCGGUCCAUCAGAGAAACGAUUUGUUCGUCCUUUUCUGUGGACGCCUUUGAGGAAAACAGCUCCACGAGUUCAAGAGUUCAAACCCAAGAUCUGCCAGGGAGAAGACUCUGAGGUGACAAGCCAAAAAAGAAAGAUCAGCUUGGAUCGUCCAGAGUCACCCAGAAAAAGGCAGCGAGGUGCUAAUGAACCCACUGAAGUGGCAGUGGAGACUGUGCAGGCCAAGGGGAUCAAGAGGAAGGCCAGCACCCAAACCAAGACCCCCAGUAAGAAACAGAGGGGUGACAACUGUGACGCAAACACUGACAAGCCCACUGAGGUGUCAGUGGUGGGCGUCACAGAGACUGAGGGUCAGAAGGAGGCCUUUGCUGAGCAUAUGCCAGCAACAAGGACUCCCAGGACGCCAAGAAGGGACAGCGGCUGUGAAGUCUCCCCGAGCUCCAGCAGCCCUUCAGCCUCCCAACAGGACAACGGGAGGGCGUCCGACUCAGUCAGCUACAGCAGAGCCAACUUUAAGGCCAAGUACCUGCAGCUUCAUAAGCUCGGAGAAGGAGACUUUGGUUCAGUCUAUGCUGGAGUAAGAAAGUCCGACAGUUUACCGGUGGUGAUCAAACGCAUCCCUAAAGCUCGCGUCAAAUAUCAGCAAGUGAUCAUAAAUGGGAUGUCGCACUCGCUCCCUCUGGAGGCGGUCCUAAUGAUGAAGGUGGCAAGUGGACCACAUUUAGUGGGACAGUCUGCUGCUGUCACAUUGUUGGACUGGUAUGAUCUGGACCAGGAGAUACUCCUGGUCAUGGAGAGACCAGUCCCCUCUAUGGACCUGUUGGACUAUGUCAACAGCUGUGAUUCUCUGACAGAAGACCAGGCUAAGAACAUCAUGAAGCAGCUGGUGGACGCGUGCAUCAAGAUGCACUCGGUGGGAGUCUUCCAUCGGGACAUCAAAACGGACAAUGUCCUCAUUGAGACCAGCUCCGAUGUCCCCCAAGUGCGGAUCAAUGAUUUUGGAUGUGGCUGCUUAAUUAAGAAUGAACCCUGUCGUGUCUUUGCUGGAACAUUUGCAUACGUACCACCAGAGUACCUGAGACACAGAACAUAUGAGGCAGGUCCCACCACAGUCUGGCAGCUGGGCGCACUGCUGCAUGACAUGCUGCUGGAUCAGUUCACCACCUACAGCUUACUCCGCAAAGGUUUAAAGUCCAGCAGGCAGUUGUCUAGAGGCUGCCUGAAUUUGUUGAAUGUGUGUUUGGCUGUGGACCCAGAGGAUCGCCCCACUCUGGAGCAGAUGCAGCAGCUCCCCUGGCUCAGACAAUCCUGA